CGAUUUAUAAAUGAAAAACUCUGGAUAGCGAACUAAUAAGCUUUAGAGAUUGCCAUUUCACUCUGUCAUAAAACAGGAAACAAACGUAAAAUUAGCAGCACACAACUUUUCACUCAAUUAGCUUAUUUUAUUAGGAGCUCAUAGAUAGCACUCCGGGCUAGCUCUGAUUUAAAAUGGAAAAACAGUCCUAGGGGUACUGGCCCGUGUCUGAGAAAGGCAGAUUGUAUUUUGGCAGCUCAGUUUUCUGAUGUUCUUAACUUAAAAUAACCUCCGCCGGACCUAUUGAAACAAGAAAUCGAACAUACCAUCAAAUGUCAGGUGGAAAACAGCGGUUUCGAGACCUACUUCAAGGAUUUCAUAAUUUUUGUAUUUAUUUCCCUUUUCCGACAAGAGUGCAUUACAUUUUCUUCUAACUGACAAUCAAGCCAUUGUCAUUCUUGUUGGAAAAUUCAAUACGUCCAAUGAAAAAUAAGAUUUCUGUAAUCAAACCUUCGAAAUUAGUUACUCCCAAUUCAAAGUAUCAAUUCUAAUUACAGAGGAGUUUCAUUUUAGGAAACACUUAUUUAAAAUCUACCUAAAGAUGGUUUUUAAAUGCCAAGAAGAUAGCUUUUUGAAAGAAUUUACAGGAACGAUUGUGUCUUGUGAACCGGCUAAUAUCAAACUCGCCGACAAAGAACUCCAAGGUUUCAAUGUUGUCCUAGAUAAUACCAUUCUCUUCCCAGAAGGUGGUGGCCAGCCCUGUGACUAUGGAACUUUAAAUGAAAAGCCCGUCCGAAGUGUAAUUCGCAAAGGCUCCGAAGCAAUUCACUUUGUUGAACAUACCGAGCCAUUUGUUGCUGGAGAAAAUGUUAAACAAAAAAUUGAUUGGAACCGUCGAUUGGAUCAUAUGCAACAGCAUUCUGGACAACAUUUGAUAACAGCUCUUUUUUCUCGCGAUUACAACUUUGAUACGACGUCAUGGUGGCUGGGGGCAGAUUCCUCAUACAUCGAAUUAGCCACCAAAGAUGUUACUAAAGAGCAAUUAAAUGCAAUUGAGGAGACAGCUAAUGCAUUGAUUGUCGAAGGUAGAGAAGUCAGCAUUGUUGUCACUUCACCAGAAGAUGGUAUAAAGUUCCAAGAUGCUCGUGCACCUAGAGGCUUGCCCGCCGACCAUGUAGGCCCUGUUCGGGUUAUCCGAAUCGAAGGCAUCGAGAGUAAUAUGUGCUGCGGCACACAUGUCACUAACCUUUCUCAAUUGCAAGCCAUAAAGUUGCUUCAUGCGGAGAAGUCUAAAGGAAAAGUGUACGUUCAUUUCCUUGCGGGCAAUCGAGUUGUAAAAAAGUUGUCCGAAUGUUACGAACGGGAACUUGCCAUGAACAAUGUUUUAAAAGGAGGACCUUCAAUGCAUUUGGAGUUGAUUCAAAAAGUUCAGGCCAACCUCAAGACACUCAACAAGAGUUUCCAGAAAUUGCUCAAGGACAACGCAACAAUGGAAGCAGAGAAACUGAAUGGGUUAUCCGAAAAGCCCAAAUACUUCUCGAUGCAUCGAAAGGAUGGAAUCGAACCAGACUUCAUAAACACCUUCCUCAGAACUGCUCCAACCGACAUAUUUUAUUUCCUUUCCGUGGCUGACAACACCGGCAAAGGGCAUGUUGUCUUAAGAGGUGAUCCCGAAGUGAUUGCUAAACUCGGGCCGUCUUUCAUGGAACUGCUCGACGGCAAAGGCUCCAACAGCAAAGGGAACAACCUACAGGCCAAGGUCAACAAUGUAAACAAAAUAAAAGAUUGUGAAGCCAAGCUUAAACAAUACUUUUCCUAGAAAUAAAGACCUCGACUAAAAAUAUGCAAA